AGCCGACGCAGCUUUCAGGCACGUAAUUGGAACUCCGCGAUUCCUUGGGUCCAAGUUGUGCUGCAAUGCUUCUUUAUCCAUCCAUCCGUCGCAUCCCAUCCAUCCAUUACAAUCGCCAUGGUCAAUCGUCCUACCAACAUCGAGUCCAUUAUCAGCGGUGUGGAACGCUACAACCCUGAAAAUCUCUCAGCGUUGGAGGAAUACCUUAACACGCAAUGUCAGAACCGCGAAUACGAUUUGAUGGCCAAUCUUGCCAUUUUGAAAUUGUAUCAAUUUGAUCCUUCCUUGGCCAAAGAACAAGUCAUCAUCAAUAUUUUGGCCAAGUCUCUAACAGCUAUUCCCGCACCCGAUUUCAACCUUUGCCUGUAUCUUUUGAGCGAACAAGCUAAUCUGGAAACAGUUAAACAAUUGACGAGCUUGCAGCAAUUCUUGGAACAGUCGCGUUACGCCAAAUUCUGGGAAGCCUACGCCACUCACAAACAACUUACAACCAACGUCGCUGGAUUCGAAGAGUCUAUUCGCAGCGUCAUUGCAAACGUCGUGAGCAUGAGUCACCAAGUCAUUAACAGCAAGGUGCUUCAGUCAUAUUUAGCCUUGGACGGACAGUCAUUCAACGAUUUUUGCGCUGCGCAAGGCUGGCAAGUGUCCGGUGAUGUGGUAACCAUUCCCGUCAACAAGGACAACGAAGCCAAGGCGGUUGUCAUCACCGAAAACAUCAAGUUUGAACAACUCACAAAGGUCAUUGGUUAUUCCAACGAAAUGUAAUUGAAUUGCGACGUUAUCCCAAUUACUUUUUAUGCCAUGUCAUCCCAUCCUUUUUUUUUUUAUAAUUUCUUCAAGUCUUUCAAGUUUUUGAUCCGUUUCUCUUUUCCCCAACAACAGCAAUA